AUGCCGACUACGCCACUAUCAACUAAACACAAACGAUAUAUUCCUUACCAUUUAUUGGGUGAUAAUCGCACCAUGCGUUUUGGUGAUAAACCUUGUUCUGAUGGUUCUCAAUGUCAAAAUCGUCGUUUGGAGCACAUUUUUAUAUUUCAUUUCAAAGGUUUCAACCCACAAGCACGCUAUCGUGAUAUUCAACAAACAACGCCCGGAAAAAAUCGUUAUAUCGGUUUUCAUCAAACUGAUCCGGGCUCAGCUAUACUGAUUGCCCACUCUGAUUUUUUAAUCAGCACCAAAUAUGAAAGCACGAUGAUAGGUCAUGGUGUCUAUUUUGCUCGAUCAAGGGAGGGAACAGAAAGAAAAGCUAAUCGUCAUGGUGCUUAUAUAUGUGCUGAAAUUGACAUGGGUAGAGUACUUGAAUUGGGCCCAGAAGACAGAAAUUUGUAUCGCGGAAAAAAUGAUUGGUGGGCUAUGCACGAUACAACCUACUUUUGUCAUCCCGAUUCACGUCUGGAUGAAUUUUGUGUUAAAAGUCCCACUCCAAUAUUGAACUGGAUCAUGGUGAUCGAAGAAGAAUUUGAUACAAAAGUUGUAACCUAUGGACUGAAUAAAGAAUUUAAUGAUACAAGAUGCUGGUGUAUCUAG